AUGUUAAGAAGUGUAAUUAUUAUAACUGGUAAAGGUACUUUACUUUUUGAAAAGAUAUGGGUAUCAAGUACACAAAUGGUAGGAAAAGGAAACAUGUUUUCUUCACUUUUAACAACUGUUCAAGAAUUUUCAAAACAAAGUACUGGAAUGUUUGUUUCAUAUAUCGAAUUUGGUGAAUCUGCAAUUACAAUUGUUUAUGAUGAAAAGACAUUAUUAAGAUGUUGUUUAUUUCAUGAUGUUGCAGAUGGUUCAGAAUUUGGAAAACUCAUUGCAAAUAGUUUAUUAAGAGGAUUUAUAGAGUUAUUUAGUGAUACAGAUUUCGUUCAUACAGCAGUACAUAAUUCAUCGAAAUUCAAUUCAUUUUCAAAUAAAAUCUAUGAUGCAAUUUCACAAUCACCUAAAACUGUAGUAUUACAACUUCGUUUAAAUAGAGGUAUUCAAAAUUCAAUUGUGGUCUAUAACGAUGGUAAAUCAAUCUCUUCAGGUGGUACUGAAGAUCAAUUGGGUAUGACUGCAAAUCUUCAAGCUAUGUUAUCUUUUUCUAAUGAUUUAUUGUUAUCAAAAGGUGAUGGACCAAAAGAAAUUAUAUUAGAUACAAAUGAUAAUAAUGUUAUAAUUUCAAGAGUAGGACCUGCAAGUUUAGUUUGUAUUUGUAAAAAAAAUAAAAAUAAAGAAGUUUAUCAAAAUUCUAUUUAUGAGGCUGUUAUUUUAUUGGAUAAAGUAUUUUUAUUACUAUCUUAUUUACAAGGUAGUUUUGUAAGAUAA